UCUUUCGUACGUUCAUCCUCCUUCGUCUUCGUCGUCGUUUACCAUUAUUAUCACAGUCAAAUUCAUCACCCAUCUCUCUCCAAACCCUAACCACCAUCAUCAUGAAAAUCUCAUCAGAAGAAAAUGAAGAACACAUAUCUCCGACCAACCAUCUUCUUCAAUCACUGAUUCAUUCAAUACCUCAAGUUCAAACAUUCAAAGGAAAAUGGUCACUUAUCAAAUCCAAACUCCUAAUUCUUCAAACCCAUAUCACAGAUUUUUCCAAUUUCACUUCAAACACAAUCUCUCUAGACCUUCUCCAUUCAAUCCACAAUACCCUCUCCGAUUCCAUCUCUCUUUGCGAAUCCUGCAAAGACUUAACCCUUCCAAACGGAAAACUCAGAACCCAAAACGACGUCGAUUCGAUCUCAACCCGUCUCGAUCGCCAUAUCCAUGACGCAGAUCUUCUCCUCAAAAGCGGCGUUCUUGAUGAUGACAACAACAACAACAACUCUUCUUUGAGUUUGUCUGUUCGGGCGGAGAUUAGAUGUUUGAUAACUCGUCUUCAAAUCGGAUCUUCUGAUUCGAGAAACUCGGCUAUGGAUUCUGUUAUGAUUCUUCUUCAUGGAGAUGAUAAGAAUGUUUUGAUUGCUGUUGGACAAGGGAUUGUUCCUGUUUUAGUUCGUUUACUUGAUUCACUUUCAUCCCAUGAAUUAAAAGAGAAAACUGUCGCUGCCCUUGCUAGGGUUUCAUCAAUUGAUUCAAAUAAAUCUGUUUUGAUUGACGAAGGUUUACUUCUCCUCAACAAUCUCUGUCGUGUUCUUGAAUCUGGAAGUGGGUUCGCUAAGGAAAAAGCCUGUAUCGUCCUCAAAGCUCUAAGUCAUGCCAAGGAGAACGCUAGGGCAAUUGGGUCAAGAGGUGGUAUUUCUUCCUUACUAGAGAUCUGUCAGUCCGGUACCCCAAGUUCUCAGGCCGCCGCCGCCGGAGUUUGCAGAAAUCUAUCGGAGUUUGCAGAAAUCAAAGAGAAUUUUAUCGAAGAGAAUGCGAUUCCAAUUCUGCUAUCUCUGUUAGCCUCCGGGACUUCCUCUGCUCAAGAAAACGCGAUUGGGUGUUUAAGUUUAUUGAUUUGUAACGAUACCCAAUUGAAGCUUUUCAUUGCUAAAGAAGGGGGAAUCGAAAGUUUGAAGAAUUACUGGGAUUCAUCUCCAUCAAUUCGCAAUCUUGAAGUAGCAGUUGACAUGGUAAAGAACUUAGCUUCUUGCCCACUAAUAGCAGAAACACUAAUCACAGAUGGAUUUCUAAAUCGACUAAUCCCUCUUCUAAACUGUGGAGUAUUAUCUAUUAGAACAGUUUCAGCCAAUGCAAUCUACGAAUUGAGUUUCAAUUCAAGAACACGAAAAGAGCUCGAUUCUAACUACGAUUCCAAUUGCAUUCCUUCAUUGGUGAAAAUGCUCGAUGGAAAAGCAAUUGAAGAAAGGGAAGCGGCUGCGAAGGCUUUGUCUUCUUUAAUGGGUUAUGCAGGAAACAGGAGAUUGUUUAGGAAGGAAGGAAGAGGAAUUAUGGGUACAAUUCAAUUGUUGGAUCCUUCUGUUGAAAAGUUGGAUAAGAAAUACCCAGUUUUGAUAUUGACAUCGUUGGUGAAAUCGAACAAGUGUCGGAAGGAAAUGAUUGCCGGUCGCGCUUGUAUUUAUUUGCAGAAGCUUUGUGAAAUUGGAGAUGUUGAAGGUGCAAAGAAGCUAUUGGAGAAUUUGGGUAAAGGUAAGCUUUUUGGAGGCUUGUUUGGAUAACCUUAAGAAAUUGUUGUAUUGUAUUGUUCAAUUUGUUUCUCAUUAAUUAAUAUAUAUAUAUAUAUAUAUAUAUAUAUAUAUAGAACAAGUAAAUACUAAUUGAAUAACAAUUACAAGUU